AUAACACUUCGUGGGCAGGCUAAAGAAAGUUGUCAACGAAUUUCAAUCUUUUUUUAGCUUAUACAUGAUAAUUUAGUUUGUAAUCAUGGUGUUUAACACGUGAAUUAUAAAAAAAUGUACAAUAUUUUUCUGAUUUAACCUAUUUAUUCUUGCAUUUAUGUUAUGGUUGCUUUUUCAGAAUGUUUUGUUUACCUUAAAUGAUAUAAAUUAUAUGUAUUAUUGUAGAUAAUGGAGGAGGUUAAAGAAGACCUGAGACCAGAUUACUGUCAAUUUCCGUACCUAUGGUGAAGACGAAUGACUUGUCAAAGUCAGGCAACAUUCCUCAAUCAUAUAGGAUAUGAUAUCACACAUUAUAUUAAUGAUAUAUUUUUUAGGAAGUCUAGGACAACACACAGAUAUACCUCUUGAAGAAGCAGUCGAUGAGAAGUGCUACCUAUUUAGUGUUGGAAAACAGGACAAACUGGAGCUUUCUUCACCAAACUAUCCUGGUCUUUAUCCAAACAAUACUGAUUGCAUCCGAGUUAUUACAGCUCCACAAGGCCACACAUUGAAGUUGGAUUUCCGAGACAAAUUUUCAUUGGAACCAUCUGAUGAAUGUAAAUUUGAUUACUUGGAAGUUCGGGAUGGAGCUCAUGGGUAUGAUCCUCUCAUUGGCAGGUAUUGUGGUGAAUCUUACCCACCAGCUAUCCCAUCAACUUCUCGCUCAUUAUGGUUGAGGUUCAGAUCAGAUGAAAAUAUUGAAUACUCUGGCUUCAGGGCCAUCUGGGAAGAGGUACCAAAACCAGAAUCAGGUAAUGGAAGCAGCACUGUUAAAGAGACAGAGAUUCCAGAUCUUCCUGUGUGUAUUCAUAGAUUGUCAUAUCCUGAUCAGGGGUUUCUGAAUCGCAGCGAUAUUGAUUCUCAGUUUGUCAAUCAUGCUACAAUGUAUAAUACUAAAUUAGAAUGCAUGUGGAUAAUUGAAGUGAAAAAGGAUUGGAAGAUUCAGUUGCAGUUUCUGAAGUUCCAGUUGGCCGUUCCUAAUGAAUGUACUUCCAAUUUCAUUGAUGUCUUUCCUGGUUCCACCCAACCUGAUCACCGUCUCAGUAACUUUUGUGGUUCUAUAGCAGAGACUGUCGUAUCACCAGGUAACAUUCUGCAGGUUAGGUUUGUGGCAGAAAAACCUGAAGGCUUUCCAAGUAACUUUGAAGCUAUGUACACUGCUUUCAGAGACAAAGUCAAAUCUGCAGAACCAACAGACUGUGAAGAAGAUGAAUUUGACUGCGAAGAUGCCACAUGUAUACCUAGCAAUUUAAAAUGCAAUGGUCGAGUUAAUUGCAGAUUUAGAACUGAUGAAGAUCCUGGAAGAUGUCUGGCUAAGGAAGGGGUCGUGGCUAUGAUGCUCAAUACAGAUCACAUGAUUAUCAUUCUCAUAGUGUUCUUUCUUAUUCUCACUGGAAUGUGUUGUGCCUUCCUUUACAACUGUUUCACAAAGCUCAUCAGGGAUCAUCGUAUAAUCCAGGAACAGAUGAGGGCGUCAAGGGAGAUGGGAUUAGACUCACCUGCUUUAUGGAAGACACGUGCUGAUUCUCCAGAGACUCGUGAGUCAGAAUGUCAAACUCGGGAAUCAGUAUUCUCAGAACUGGGCUCUUUGCGACCAGCUUCUGUAGAAUCUACUAAGUCAGCCCCAGAUGUUAUCAUAUCCCAUUAAAUAUAGUAUUUAGUAUUAUAUGUUUUCAAUUUAUCAUCUUGUCAAAUUGAACUAUAUUUAUUUAUAUUUUUAACAGAAUUAUUCUACUCUAGUCAUUAUGUGCCAUUUUAAUUGAAAACUUAGAUAUUAAAGUUAUAUUGUUAUUUACGAGUUCCAUAAUUAUGUUGAAAAAGAGGUUUGAGGCUUUUUUGUUUUUGUUUUUUCAGAAAAGAAUUGUGCAUUUUUUUUUUUAUUAGUGGUCAUUUAUCAACUUUGUGUUUCUAAAUUGUCCCUGCCUGAGGGCCAUUUCAUUUUAGUCAUUGAAAAGCUUUGUGAUAGAUUAUUUCUAUUGUUCUUCACUUUAGUUGUAAAGGAGGUAAUACAGGUUUUAUUUAGCAUUAUCAGAAUUUUUGGUGGCACCAAUUUUUAUUAAUUCUUAUUUAUAUGUUUAGUAAACUAUGCCUGUAUUAUUGUGUGUAUGUAACUUGUUUUGUUAUUAUCUUUUUAGAAAUGUCAUUCCUAAUUAUUUAAUGUUCUCUUUGUUAUUGUUCCUCCUACCUCUUUUAAUAAAUGUUAUUAUAAAUCAAAUAUGUUGUUAUUUUUCAGGUUUAGUUUUUAUUUAUGAUCUUUUGUUCAAUUAAAGUAGAUCUUUUUUUCUUUUAUUAUAAAACUGAGGAACUUCUGAUAAAUGGAUUAAAUUAAAAUAAAAUCAAUAUUUAUCAUGUCUUUUAUAGGAUUAAUAGAAAUUUGGAGAUUAUAUAUUUUUACAACAAUGUUUAUUUAUUUAUAAUUAUAGUUAUUAAUGUAAUUUGUUAUAAAAUGUUUUAUAAGCCUAAUUUAUUAUUUUUUGAUUAUGCAAUUAUAAAAAAUAUUUGUAUAGUUUGUCUUUUCGUUGCUAAGGACAGCUGACAGCUGCAAUUUCAUCUAGUUUCAAUUUGAUUUUAUUCUUUUUUAUAUAAGUUCAACUGUUGAUCAUGAUUAAACCUGUAUCAUUAGCUGGGUGGUAUUACUUGAUCUGACAUUAAUCGAAAUAAUAGCAUCUCUGCUGAACAUGAGGGAGGAAUAAUAAUUUUAUUGGAUAUCUUAUGGUAACUUAGUAUUUAUACAUUUUUUAUCAAUAUUACUCUACAAAUUUUGCAACCCGGAUGUUUUUAUGUGAAAAUUGUUUUUCAGUCAGCAGUCCUUUACAUUAUGAGACUUAUUAAAUUGUACAAAGUGCAGUUUUAAACAUAUUUCAUUGUAUGUUUAUACCAGAAUUGAAACUAUUUUCUCUAAAGUGGGUUGAUUUUGUUCAAUGAAUAAUUUUUAAUGCUUCCUUAAAUUUAAGAAUUUUCAAUUUUUUUUUCUUUUUUUAAUACGAUAUUAUGAUGCUAACACAAAUGUUUUAAAAUUUAUUUUCCAUGGCUAUUUCAAUAGAAAAAUUUAAUCUAUUUGAAAUCUGGAUGAGUUUACUAAUCUUCCAAGUUUUUAACAUAUAUUUGGUUUUAAAGUUUUGUACAUUUCAAUGAUAUUUAUAUAAACAGCCUCAACUUUUAAUAUUUCUUUUAUCUUAGACCAUUAUCAAAUUUAAUUUAUAAGUUAUAAUAUUUAGAAUUAAUAUCUGAUAUUUAUUCCAAGCUCUGACCUAACUCUCUCUUAAAUUUUUUUAAUAAUAUUAUCUAUUUAUUGAUGAGUAUGCUGUGUUAUUUAGCAACUCAACACAGUUCAGGAGCCGUACAAUAUUUUUGUAUUUCUCUUCUAGUUAUUGGUUUUUAAAAGUUUUGAAAACCAUUAAUUUCAAAUGAUUUACUCAAAUAUUUACACUUGAAAGUUUUUGUCAAUCUACUGUUGUAGUAUUUAAGUAAACAAUUGUAGUAAAUAAAUUAAAUUAUAUUAUUGUACAAUUUAAAAAAUUAAUAUUAUUUAUUUUCUGUUUGUUAAGAUCACAGUGAAUCGUUAAUUUGUUCUAGAAGCACUUAUAAAACCUUUGCUAUUAUUUUUAUUUAUUUUAUCUUCUGAAAUUCAGUUAUUCUAUCAAUCAGCAAAUUAAGUUGUAUUUGAAAUUUCUGACAGAUAACUAAUUACUCAAAUGUCAUAAAUUUUUUUCAUAUUUAAACUAACAUUGAUGUAUAUUCUUUCUCUAGUUCAUUUUAUCUGUGAUCAUUUAUUUAAAUCACAAAUACAGUGAUACUUAUAGAGAAGUGAAAUCAUUUCAGCAGUCUGGUGUAUUCUUGCAUUGUUGUUAUUCUUUUUUUGAUUUUUAUGUUUAUAGUCAUUAUAAAAAACUUUCAGAAGUACAGUUUUUUCAUUUAAAAUUAAAAUAAUUUUUAUUAAAAAAUAAAAUAAAAAAUCUUUACACCUGUUUCAAAUUUUAUCAAGACUGUUGAGGUCAAAAGUAUUGAAUUUAGAUUCAUAGCAAAUAUUAUAUUACUCACAAAAUUGUCUGAAUGAUUCUGAAAGUAAACUGUUAAAAAUUGAAUAGGGAUAUUGUUAGUUAUGUAUGAUUUUUCUCCUCUAGACUUUUUAUUUUAUUAUAAAAUGCUUUGAAAAUUAAUACAAAUAAGAUUGUAUUUGACCUUGGGAUAUUGUAUGAACUGUGUUAAAAAAAAACAAUCAAUGAAAUUAAAGAUUUAAUAAUCUUGUUUUUAUGAUUGCAAAUUUGUAAGAAUUUUAUAAAAUUUAAUAAUUUGUGUGAUAUCCUCUGUUACACUCUACCUCUCUGCACCUAUUAGGUAUACUGUCUAUAAUGUUUUCUCUGAUUUGGCUAGGCAUUUUAUCCCAUAAAUAUGGUAAUACUGCCCUCAUUUGCUGAAGAUUAAGAAGCUGCAGAUUGCGGACAAAAAACCUUCUCUUUAAUGCAUCUUACAUGUGCCCAAUGAAAUUGAGAUCUGGAGAUAAUUUGGGAAGGGGCAGAUGUGAAAUGUCCAGAUUUUCAAGACAUUUAUGAACAAUUUUUCCCCUAUGAUGUCAUGUAUUUUCAUCAAGAAAAUGGAAAUGUGGGCGAAUAAUGGCCCUGGUUUAAUCUUCUCUUUCUUUCAAUGGCACUACGGUCCUUGCAGAACCCUGGCCUCCUUCACAAUUCUUCACCAUUCGUCCUUGUCCAAAGCCGUUCUUCUCCAUCUUCAGACUCCAAGUGCCCUCUGGUCCUCCUCCAUGUCCUCCAGCCACCGCAAUCUGGGACGCCCUCUUCUUCGUCCUCCACCAGGGUGUCCGUCCAGAAGCUUCUUCGGGAUACACAGCUCCUCCAUUCUCUGCAAAUGUCCCAGCCACCUAAUUCUACUCGUCUUGAUGUAGUUGCCAAUAUUCGGGGCUUUGUAUAGAUCACAGAGCUCCUGAUUGUUCCUCUGCCGAUCUCCCUCCCUCAAGGGGCCAAAAAUCCUUCUCAGGACUUUCCUCUCCCACACGUUCAGUGCUUCCUCUGACUUCCUGGUGAGGACCCAUGUCUCACUUCCAUAUGUCACCACUGGUCUAAUAACGCUGACAUAUACGGCCUUCUUUAACUGCCAGGGCAACACCUUUUACUUAAGGACUUUUCCGAGCAACAUCUAUUUCCGGCCGUCAUGCAUGUCCUUAUUUUAGCCUGUAUGUCAUUAUUUUAAUUUAUAUUGGCCCCAAGUUUUGGUUUCGUUAAUGUUGAGUCCUGCUAUUUUUGAGGCCUGUUCACAUUCCACGAAAGCUUCUGUCAAGGAUGCACGUGUACGACCAGUAAUGACAACGUCAUCCGCAAAGGCAAGAUGCUGGGUCAGUCAAUUAUUGAUGGUCCCCCCAGGAUUUGUUCUAAUGGCCCUUAUCACUAUUUUCAAAACAAUGUUCAAUAGGAUGGGAGAUAGGGGAUCUCCUUGUCUUAAUCCUUUGUUGAUAUGGAAGCUACUGGACCUUGCACUUUGUAUUUUCACUCUCCCUUGUGUCCCUUCCAAGGUUGCACGCACUAAUCGCAUCAGUUUUUCCGUUAUACCCACCUUUGCCAUGGCCUGAUACAACUUGCCUCGGUCUACACUGUUGUAUGCUUGCUUGUAGUCUAUGAAGAGGUGGUGAAGAUCAAUAUUAUAUUCAUAGCAUUUCUCCAGCAUGAUCCUUAUGCUUAAAAUAUGGUCUAUAGUAGAUCUACCCCUUCUGAUUCCACUCUGGUAUUCCCCGACCUCUCUCAGAGUACUGGAGAAUCCUCAUCAACAGAAUGGAGAAAACUUUGUAUGCUGUGUUUAGCAAUGCAAUGCCUCUGUAGUUUUCACACUUCAUCUUGUCUUCCUUCUUAUAAACUGGGCAUAUCAAUGCAGUGGACCAGUCUUUUGGCACCUCUUCUGAAAUCCAGAUGUCAAAAAUCAGAUGGUACAUUUAAUGCAAAAAUCGGAAGGGAAAAAAUGUUUCGUCCUACUAUCGGCCCACAUAGCUUGCACGUGGGGAGUAAUGAAAAUGGAUUUAAAGCAAUUGACUUUGCUACCUCUGCAGGGUUCAGUAUUGUGAGUACAUAUUUUGACCAUAAAAGUACUCAUAAAGAAACAUGGGUUUCCCCUGGUGGAUUAAUUAAGAACCAAAUAGAUCAAGUCAUGAUUGAAAAAAGGCAUGCUACAGAUGUGACAGAUGUUCGAAGCUUCUGAGGCGCUGACUGCUCAUCAGACCACUACUUGUUCGUAAUACAAUACUGACAAAGGAUUGCAAACCAACCAAAGGGACUGACUGCAAAAACCAAGAAGUAUUGCUUGGAGAAACUGAAAGACCCUGAUGAGAAAAAGAGGUAUGCAGAAAGAGUGGCUUUAAAACUACAAGAAGCUAUAGAUGGAAACGAAGGUGUGGAAGCUAGAUGGAGCAAGAUGAAGAAAGUGGUAACAGAGACAGCUAAUGAAACCCUAUUAAUAAAUCAUGGGAAUUCCCAAAGCACAUGGUUUGAUGAGGAAUGCAGGAGGAUGGUAGAGGAAAGAAACAGGGCCAGACUAGCAGUGCUUCAAAGAAGGACCAGAGCAAAGGUAGAAAGGCAUAAAGCCCUGAGGAGAAGAGUCAAUAACAUGUGCAGAAAAAAAAAGCGAGACGCAGAAAAAGCCAAGUUUCUCCAAAUGAAAGAGGAGUAUGGGUAGAGAAAUAGAAGGAAGUUCAUCGGUAUCCUUAAAGAACAUAAGGGAGAAUUCAAGCCAAGGAUAGGCUUGAGAUUCCUGCAGAGCUGUGGAAGCAUGGAAGAGAAGCAUUGGUCUGUUUUAAUGUAUUCCUCUAUAAUUUCUUGAAUAUAACGAACUACAGUGAAAUAACUGUCCAUAGUAUGGAGUACAUUGUUGCUCCUGAGUAGAUGCUGGCCCAUACCAUUACAAUCCCACCUUCAGACAGCAUUGAAGGGAGGAUGAACUGCGACAGUGUACCCAUUCCCUGUUCUUGGUAAACUCUUCAGUGCCUACUAUCACUGUAACUUCAGAAACGAAACUCGUCUGUAAAAAUAAUUCUAAUUUGUAUCCUCAUUUAGGUGCUUGCUACACCAUAAUCUGCAGAGUUGCCAGCAAGGCACUGUUGCUGCAGAUCAUCUUAAAGAGGCAUAAAAUGGUAGACCAACUUCACACAAAGGACUGCAAAUGGUUUCUGUUGAUAUGAGCUUUGGCAGAACAUUCAACACUUCCUUUAGGCGCUGUUCGACACUAAGAAAAGGGAUGCUUCUUGAAGUAAUAACAAUAUUCCUGUCAUCUAUUGGUGUGGUAAUCAUCGUCAUCCUUAUCUCUACAACUCCUGUAGAGUCAAGGCCUCCUGCAGCUUAGUCCGCCAGUCUUCUCUAUUGGUUUCCGCUGCUCUCCAAUUACGGAUACCCAAGAUGAACCUGGCAUCUGCUGCCACUCCAUUGAUCCAUCAGUCGAGGUCUUCCCACUCUUCUUGUCCCAUAAAUCCUUUUGUCUAGGACCAACUUAGGAAUCUGAUCCUGGGUCAUUAUAAUUAAAUCCUUUAGUUAAUAAUUUGUUAAAAAUAAUGAAUACUUUUUUUUAACUUUUUAUAUUUACUAACAGAUAAGAGAAUUCUUAACAACAAAAAAAGGAGGAUACUUUAAUUAAAAGGAAUAAAAUAAGAAUCAAUCAGAAAUAUCCUUAUUUAUUUUUGGGCAGUUUAUUUUGUGAUGCACACUUUUUUUUUCUUCUCACAAACAGUUUUUUCAUAGGUAUUCUUUCAUUACAUCCUACUGUUUUUCAAUUAUUGUCACAUUAAGAAAAUGAACUGGCUUUCCUGUUUCUCCAUAUAUCUCAGAGGCUAUCUAAUGUGCACCGUCUCUAAAAUGUAAUCUAUUGGUCUUUAUUGACUAAUACAAUAUUUUGUAUUUUAUCUAAAUGUGUAUUCAAUUUUUUAUAGGAAUUUCAUAAUGACUAGUGAUUUUGGAAUUUAAAUAUUUCCUUUAAUUAAUUUUUUAUAACAUAACUAAUUGCUCAAAAACAACAAACUUGAAAGUUGUUUAGAAAUCAUUGUUAUUUACUAUACAUUUUGUAUAUACAAAUAUGAUACUACUAUCUCAGAUGCUUUUUCAAUUGCUUUCCUGAAGUUGACUUCCAUGCUUUUCAGAUCUUUCUGUUGUCUUUUAUUCUUAUUUUUCAUUGAUUCUUUUGUAUGACUCUGUACAUAUAUUUCUAUUUUAUUCAUCAAAGGAUAUUAUUUGUAUUUUCAUUUGCUCUAUUAGCAUCACCUAGCUGUUGUGUUUUAAGAUUAUAACUAUAUCUCCUCAAAACUUUUUUUUUAAAUUUAAUUCUGAUUCAGUAUUAAUAUUCUUGGUGCCUUUUCACUACUUAGUUGAAAGUGUUCAAAUUUCUAAAGUGAAAUAGAUAUUUUAUGAUUUCAUUUUACUAAAAUGAGCUAGAUUACCUCUCAAUUUAUGUUUAGUAAUUUCAUCGACUUCCUUGUUUUCACUUUUGGUACUGGCUCCAAGGAUAUGUAAACUUUUUCAAAACCAUGAUUUGUUAGAUUUUUUUUUUUUAAAUAGAUCAAUUAAGGUCAAUUCUAUUUGGAUUUUGCUUGCCUGCUACAUUUAUAUAUUGUUAUAAUUUCUUUUGGUCCUUGAAAAUUAUUAUUUUUUUUUACGUUCCUUUAAUAACACUUACAAUCUUAUAAAAUAGCCGAUAAUCAGUAUUAUGUUAUUUUAUAAUAUUUCUUUUAGUCUUGUCAUUGAUCAUACUUCCUGUACUGUUUUGUAUAAUAUUAAAGUUUACAAUUUAUCACCCUUGCUUAUUUUAGUUGGGAAUAAUUUACUUGUUUGCGCUUCAAGGCUUGUAACAUUGAUUUUUGGGAAUGUCAUUGUUAGUAAUUAGAAUUAGAUAUCAAUUUUGGAUGAUCUAUCAGUUGAAAAUUUCAUAAUCACAAGGGAAAUCCAGCUUAUAAUUAAAUUAUUUGAUUAAAUUACAAAAUGAGGCCUAGGUUAUAUUAACAAACACAAAGAAAAUCAUGGAGAAGUACACAAUUCAAAAAUAAAAAAAAGGACAUAUAUCUGUAUUAUUAAGUUACUUGUUUUUGUUUAUUUAUAAACGUUAUUUUAACAAUGGUUUACUGUCUAAAUAUCUAUAUAAACAAAUUUGCUAUUUUCAGAUUUUAACCUUUUUAGAUUCAUGGCAUGAAUAGUCAUCAAUGUGGAAAUAUGGUAAAUCUGUGCCUUUUAUAUGUGAACUUUCCCAUUUUAGAUUCCUUUAUGUAAAAAUGGCUCAAAAUACAUUACUUUAGAAGAAAUUUGCUCUCUCUCCCCAACCAUGCUCUCUUCAAAAUUUGUAAAUUUUUGGAUUCUCUCUUUUUUACAGAACACUCACAAUAUUUUAUUCUCUGUACAAUGAUAACUUUUCUCUUUUAUCUCCUGUGAAGCUUGUAGAAUUCUUUUCCCAUUUUAUUUUUCUCUCCAUUCUCCUGAAGUCAUUCUGGUUUUUCUCUGCAGCUUUAAUGUUAUUCUAUAGUAAUGUGUCUCAGCUCUCUUUAAACAACCAUUUCUCAUUUGCCUUUUUUUUUUAUUGUACCACUUUGUAAGAUUUAUUUCCUGUUGGUGCAGCAUUUUUUUUCCUCAAAGCUUUAUUUAACAAGAUUGUAAAGAGCAUCACAGUUACAAAAUUAUUAGUACUAGUAAGACAUUGAACAUCAAUUUUAAGGGAUCUUUGAUGUUAUGUCUUGGCAUUAUAAAGGAUCAGUAAUAUCUCCUCUGUUUAUUUUCAGACUAUUAAAAUUAAGCUUGUUUGCCAAGCAGUUCAUCUUUUGUAAUUAGGUAACUGUUUGAAAGUUUAUUUUUCUCUGAUUAUUUUAAAUUGUUAUGAUGUAGUCUUCCUGCAUUUAAGUAUGGUACUCUUAACUCAGUUGCAGUUAUUUUAAGAUUAUAAAUAUAUUUUAUAUCAGUUUUUAAUAAUAUUUCUUUUGUAUUAAUACACUAGAUUCUUAUUCAGUUUUGCUAGGCUGACAUAUUACCAGAUAACAGAAAUAAAUAAUUAAUUUUUAAAAAACAUAAUUAUUUUUAGAUUAGAACACCAUCAUGACACCCUUGAUUGAUAUACUUAAUUAAAUUGAAAACAUAUUUGACAUUUUAUUAUAAAUUUGUUAAAAUUUGAUUUAAUGUAACAAGUUUUCUAUCAUUCAUUGAAGAAUUUAUUUGCUAUUUUUUUGUUUAAAUUUAAAAAUAUAGUAUUGAAAUUUUCUCCUUUUGGGGAUGCCAGUACAGGAAUGUUUUCUGUUCUCUAUUUAUCUUAAAUACAUAAUCAAUGGUUAUACUGUAAUGAUUUAUUCACUGGUUUAUAUAUUUUUUUUUACUUAUCUAUAAAUAUUUUUAUAGAUUUUAUAUUUGUUUUUUAUCUCAAUAUCAAGAUAAGAAAAUGUAACUUCGAAUUAAGUUAAUAUUGGAUUCCAUUUUCUGCAUUACUAUUGUACAUUUUGAGAACUGCCAGAUUUGAUGUGUGUAAAGUUUAUAUUUCUACUUAUAUAAAAUAUAAAAUGUUAAGAAAAUAUUGCAUUUAUUUUUUCUCAUUUAACAUUUGGAAACACCAUUUUUGGAAGUUCCCAUAAAACUUUCUAUUGUUUAACAUCCUAUUAAUUAUAUCACUUACAUAAUUUACUAUAUAUUUAAACCAUCCUUAAACCAAACAAGGUUUCUCAAAAUUUUCAUAUAAUAAUAUCAAGAGACAGAAAUGAAAGUAACACUUUCUGGGCAUGUUAAAAUUAAAAAAAAAACAACCUCAUGUAAUCUCUGUUCUAUUGAAAAGAUAAGACUGUAUUAAACCAUUCUUUUGUAAAAACUAUUAUUAAAUGUUGUAUAAGUUCUCCUAUAAUGUUUUUUUACCUGAUAUAUGCAAAUGUAUCAAUUGUUAUAUGAUGUAGGUUCCAUUAAUAAUACUUUUUUAGCUUAUAUAAGUUGAUUUAAUAGGCCCAGUGAACCCCAAUGAUACUAUACUAAUAUCGCCAACGAUAUCUGCUCACAUAUCACUCUAUAGAAAACCUUGUUAAAACCCAAACUCCCUGGAUUAGACCCAACACAAUCCUCCCUUCUGUAUUUUGGUCUACCCCUCAGAUAUUUUACUUAUUCGCACAUUGGCUCAACACCUAUAUUUUUAGUGAUUAGUUCCUUUACAAACGUAUUUCAGUCACCAUUAAUGCUAUUAAUUCCAUUAUAUUUCCUGGAUGUAGGGUGCGUUUUUAUACUAAAGGGUCUUUACCUGAGGUUCAAGUGGCAGAUAACUUAGAGCUCAGUUGUUUAUUGAAAUUUGGUCAGUUAAUAUCAGAAACUGGUUAGCAAAGUGGCUGGGGUGUGUGCACAUAAACAUAUAUACUUAUAUACCAUUUUAGACUUUUUCAAGUUCCUUGACUCGCAUAUCAAGUUAGCCACACAUUCAUUUUUACUUUACCACCACAACUAGCUAAGGGAAGGUAUUGUAUUUAUUUAUUAAUUAUAAUAUAUUUUAGGUAUCUAUGACUUUUUUUAACUUUAACAUUUGGUUAUAGCUAAUAAACUACAUUCCAAUAGAUCAAAUAACUAUAAGUAUUACAUCCCUCAGAUAGAAGGCCCAAAAUUAUUAUAUUUAUAUUCUCCUAUUCAAAUGUGUGUAUAAUUCACCUUGAUACAUAAGUAAUGUUUAUAAUUGUCAAUUAUAAGGGUAAAUAACAAUAUUAAUUAACUCCUCUCUUCCCCGGAAAUAUACCUUAUUAAACAUUGUAUAUAAUUGAUGUGUAAAUAACAUGUAUACUGUUAGUAACCCAUUGAGACAUGUACCAAAUUUAUAAAAUUAUUAAAUUUAUACAUUAGUAUAAUAAUUUUAACUUCACAUAUGUAAAAAUAAAAUAAAAUUACCUUCCAAAUGAA